AUGAGCUCUGAUUCUCAGGUGACUGACCUGACGGCUUGCGAAGGGGGGCACUUUGCAUCUCCAGGGGAAGCUGGGGUAGGGAGGGCCACCCACAUCUUGCAACGGCUACGCGGCGGGGCAUUGGAAGAGCUGUCCAGGCAUGCCAGUGGAGAGGCCGUUUGGGGGCGCUUUGCCGAGACCCCCCCCAAAACCUGGAACCCUGUCCCUUUGUGGUCAAAGACUUGGGCGGAUCCCUCCCGGUAUAGCAAGGACUCCCAACACAGAAAGCUUUUACUAAAUCGCACCAUGCAAAAUGGCUUGAAGCACACAAAUAAAAAUAUGCCCUCGGAGUAAGGUCAGGAACUGUGCUUUGCUUUUGGAUUCCUCCCGUCGGGUGGGUGGGGAGAGGGAAGGGGAAGUGUAUUGAAACCCGGAAUAUCCUCCCGCGCGUAGCAUUCACCACGUUCUAGCUCUCGCCUUCUCCUUUUCCGCCCGCCUGUCUUCGCUUCCGGCGGACAAGGCGGGCGGAAGUGACGUCGUGAGGCCAGCGGCUGAAGGAGGCAGUCGGGAUGUUCGUCUGAGGCCGGCGUCGCUCCCGCGGGACGUGGCGGUCGAGCCGUGUGACUCCCGCCUCUUAUUCAGGUGGCUCUUAAGGAGUUGACUUUCGCUCCAGCCGCUUAGACGCAUCUUCUUCCCUCAGCCGCUUCCCGUUUCGACUGCUCUUCUUCAAGGCUCCGGCCUUAUUCAGCUGCGAAAGCGACCGUGGUGACUACAACUCCCAUCAUCCCUAGCUAGCAGGACUCAUGGUCAGGGAUGAUGGGACUUGUAGUCCGAAAACAGCUGGAGACCCAGGUUUUGGGGGGAAACGGGUUAUCUCUGAUACUAAUGGCACUUCCUUCUGAGGAAAUGUGCCUCAGAGAGAAUUGUCAGUGCAGCUAAGAAGACAUGAUAGUAGUUGGAGAGCCCAAUACAUUUUAGGAUUAAAUUGUGCCCCUCUUGGUGGUAAAAUGCAAUUAUUUCUUGAAUAUGUCAUACUUUGCUGCACUUCACUGUUACCUCAAAAUCUGCUGUCUGAAGCAUAUUUGAUGUAUCACCCUGACAGUAGUAGUGGCAGACCUGAUGACAGCACACAGCAAAUAACCAAAGCUUUUUAUAUUUAUCUAAUAGGAGAAUUACGGGAAAGUAG